AACACUUAAAUUUUUUCCGUGAUAAUUUUUUGUAAUUCAUUGAAGUAUAUAAAAUAUUGUCACUUUUAAUUAUCGUUCUGAUUCUGUGAUAUGUAAAGAUCUAUUUACUGCUGUUAAACAAUUAGCAGACAGUGAAAUUCAGCUAAUAAAGACUAUUGAAAACUCAAAGAAAUCAAAUAUUAAAAACACUAUGUCUAUGACAGACAAAAAAGGUGCUAAGAAACCUGAAAAAGUAUUUAAUGUUCGACCAUCUGCUGCUUUAGUAGCAGCUAAACGUGAAGCAGCACAACAACGUAUGUUACAAGGAAAAAAGUCUAACAAUAUUUUUGUACAUGAUAUAUAUCAAAAAGCUAUUGAUGCAUGCAAUAUAAAAAGAAUGGAAACUGGCAUUGUAUUUGAUCGUUCUAUGACAGAACAUAAAUGUCUUUGGGAUCCAAAUUAUCCAGAAUGUCCUGCUAGAUUGAUACAAAUUUUAAAGAGAUGUGAGGAAUUAGGUUUAAUAAAUAGGUGUAAGUUUAUCACACCAAGAUUAGCCUCAGAAAAUGAAGUACUCAUGAAGCACAGUCAAGAACAGAUAAAUAUUUUAAAAGCUACUGAUAGAUGUACCAAUGCAGAUAGUUUAGAAUUAUUGUCAUCAAAGUACGAUGCCAUUUAUAUACAUCCAUCUACCUAUCAGUUGUCAUUGUUAGCUGUGGGUUCAACAAUAAAUUUAGUGGAAAGUAUUUGUAAAGGAGAAAUUCAGAAUGGUAUGGCUAUUAUAAGACCACCAGGACAUCAUGCUAUGACGUCUGAAUAUUGUGGAUACUGUUUUUUUAAUAAUGUUGCAAUUGCUGCUGAAAAAGUCCUAAGCACUAAUUUAACUAGCAAAAUUUUAAUUGUUGAUUGGGAUGUACAUCAUGGACAAGCUACUCAACAAAUGUUUUACAAUGACCCACGAGUAAUUUAUUUUUCCAUUCAUCGUUAUGAAAAUGGCGAAUUUUGGCCAAAUCUUAGAGAAUCUAAUUUUCAUUUUAUUGGUGAUGACUUAGGAGAAGGAUAUAAUUUUAAUGUGCCACUUAAUAAAACGGGUAUGACCAAUGCUGAUUAUUUAGCUAUAUUCCAGCAAGUUUUGUUGCCAAUGGCCUAUGAGUUUCAACCAGAUUUUGUAAUAGUGUCAGCUGGUUAUGAUGCAGCCUUGGGUUGUCCAGAGGGUGAAAUGUUGGUAACACCUGCAUGUUAUGCUCAUUUACUAUCAUCAUUAUUGAGUUUGGCCUCUGGAAAAGUUGCUGUUAUAUUGGAGGGUGGUUAUUGUUUAAAAUCAUUAGCAGAAAGUGCAGCAUUAACAUUACGUACCUUAUUAGGUGAUCCAUGUCCCAUGUUAGAAACAAUUGCAUUGCCUUCAAUGAGUGUACGUGAUACAAUUUUAAAUACAAUUUAUGUACAUAAAUCAUAUUGGAAGUGCUACCAGUAUCAAGAUACAUAUAGUAUUAAUUAUACAACAAAUAAUAAAGAAGAAAGUACUAAUCAACAUGUACCCAUAGUUACAUUCAAAGGAAGUGAUGUUAGGCCAGAAGUGUAUGAAACUCAAAAUUGUUAUCCAGUUCAAAGUAAAGAAGUUAUUGAGAUAAUAGAGAAACAAUUAAAUGCAUUAAUACAAUUUACUAAUUUGUCUAGAGCAUCUAAUAAAGUGUGCAUUGUUUAUGAUGAUAGAAUGUUAAAGCAUUGUGAUAUAUCUGAUGAUAAUCAUCCUGAGAAACCAAAUCGUAUUAAUAUUAUUUAUAAAAGAUAUGAAGAGUGUAAUCUACUCGAUCGAUGUUACGUGCAACAGGGACGAAGUGCAACAAUAGAAGAAUUAGCAUUAGUACAUUCAAAAGAAUAUAUUGAUAAAAUAAAAGACACAGAAAAUUUAAAACCUAAAGAGCUACAAAAACAGGCAAAAACUUAUAAUUCAGUUUAUUUGCACCCUGAAACUUGGUCAAGUGCAUGUAUAUCAACUGGAUCAUUACUACAAGUAGUAGAUAGUGUAUUAAAUGGGGAAAGUCAAGCUGGUGUUGCUAUUGUGAGACCUCCAGGGCACCAUGCUGGAGAAGAUUCAGCAUGUGGAUUUUGUAUUUUUAACAAUAUCGCUGUAGCAGCUAGAUAUGCUAUAGAAUUUCAUCAUGUUAAAAGAGUAUUGAUAGUAGAUUGGGAUGUGCAUCAUGGUAAUGGGACUCAAUCUAUAUUUGAAGAAGAUCCCAAAGUUUUGUAUGUGUCUGUUCAUCGUUAUGAUAAUGGUAGUUUCUUUCCAAAUUCUAAGCGAGCAAAUUACUCUUAUAUUGGUUCUGGAUUAGGAGAAGGUUUCACUGUUAAUAUACCAUGGAAUAAGAAAGGAAUGGGUGAUGCAGAAUAUAUAGCAGCAUUUCAACAAAUAAUAAUGCCAGUUGCUUAUCAGUUUAAUCCAGAAUUAAUCUUGGUAUCUGCAGGUUUUGAUGCAUGUAUUGGUGAUCCUUUGGGAGGCUGCUUUGUAACACCAGAAAUGUAUGGGCAUUUAACACAUUGGCUAUCUUCUUUGGCUAAUGGUCAUGUUAUUCUUAGUCUCGAAGGGGGUUACAAUAUUAAUUCAGUUUCACACGCAAUGACUAUUUGUACGAAAUCUUUACUCGGUGAUCCUCUACCGAUGUUAGAAAGUGGACAAACACCAUGCACGAGUGCUGUUCACACCAUAAAUAAUGUUUUAAAAACACAAAAACAAUAUUGGCCAAAUUUAGCGUUUAAUUUAUCGUUACCAAAAGAAAAAGUACUUCCUAAGCCGAAAGUGCCACAUAUAAAAAUAAACGAACGAGUUAUAAAUCAAGAGACAUUUUCAAAACUUUCGGAAUCUAAAAUAGCGCUGGAAGAAAUUGAAACAGAGAAAAUGCAAAAUAGACGGAAAAAAUUUUCAAUUUGGAAGACGCUAAACAUAAGAGUGGAUGCAGAAGUCCUUGAAGAUCUAAUUGAACAAACAAUUAAUCCAUAUUAUAAAUCAUUAAAUACUCAACUUACUGAUGUUACAUCCUAUAACAACCAAGUUUCCAAAUGCAUAAACAAAUGUAUGAAUCAAGAUGAAAAAAAACAAAAUUCUGAUAAAAGUAUUACCAGUUCUACCGCUGGUAGUAGUGCUGGACAGAGUGAAAGAGCAAUUGCACAAACGAGUGGUAGUGGAAAUUUAUAUGAUUAUUUUUCGGAAAAUUUACAGGCAUUAGUAGUCGGAAACAUGUUUGCGGUAAUACAUUUACGAGAAUGUCCACAUCUGGACAAUAUCAGAGAUGUGCCAGUUUCCGGAAUUGAUAUACGUUCACCAUGUAUAAGAUGUGGAAGUACUACUGAAAACUGGGUUUGUUUACAGUGUUAUAUUGUUCAUUGUGCACGUAAUAUUAAUCAACAUGGUGUAUUACAUGCUGAAGAAAUGGAACAUCCGUUGGCUCUAAGUUUCAGUGACUUAUCAGUUUGGUGUUAUAAAUGUGAAGCAUACAUAGAUAAUCCGCGACUAUAUGCAGCGCGUAAUGCUGCACAUCAAAGUAAAUUUAAUGAGGAAUUACCAUGGACAUAUAAUGACAAUUAA